AUGUAUUGCCAGAAGUGUCGUAUGCCGCUGAAGCUUGACGGCUCCGUGGAGGCGCUCAACCCCGCUGCUUUUGAUCUCCUUACCGGAUCCAUGGGAAAGUCACUUCCAGAACAUCCUAAUCAUGCUUCGUCACAUCGAUAUCCCUAUCCGCCCGAGCGUCGGGAAAUGUACGACCGCGCGUCACGGCAAUCUAGCUCGCCCGCAUACAAGAGAUCUGUCCCAGCACCUGUCCCCAAGCUUGGCCGAGGAGAGAGCAGUGGGGGAAUGUCAUUUGUGAUGCUGACGGAAUCGCAACUCGUGCCUCCACAGGCAUCCAGUGAAGCGAAUGGUGGCGACAAGCACGGUUCGGGAAAUGGAAACGGGGCAGCAAAAGCACCUGGACAAGAAGCGUCGAAAGACCAUUCAUUCUCCGAUGAUGCUGAAAGAGCUCAUCGAUUAUUUGAUAUACUCUCUGCGCGUUCGGACAUUGACCAUCCGAUCUGUACCGAGUGUACCGAUCUGCUAGUUGAGGGGCUGCAGAAAAAGCUGAAUACUGCAACAAAAGAGAGAGAUGCAUACAUAUCGUUUUUGAAGAAUAUAAAUGCGUCGGUACCUUCAGAAGAGGAUGUUGAGGCUGCUGAGAAAGCGCUUAAAGAAUCCCAGGCAGAAGAGGAAGCCGCGUACCAGGAGCUGUUGGCCCUGGAAAAGGAAAAGGCCGAUAUCGAUCGAGAAAUUGUUAUGCUAGAAGAAGAGUCACGGCAGCUUGAUUUGGAGGAAGAGAAAUUCUGGCGGGACCGAAAUGCUUUCGCAUUAACACUGGCAGAGUUUCAGGAUGAGCGCGAUGCUCUUAACAUGCGAUACGAUCACGAUUCUAGACAACUGGAACGACUGCAACGAACGAAUGUGUACAAUGAUACAUUUUGUAUUGGUCAUGAUGGAUUCUUUGGAACGAUCAAUGGAUUACGGCUGGGCCGACUCACUAAUCCAUCUGUUGAUUGGGCCGAGAUUAACGCAGCCUGGGGGCAGACAUGUCUUUUACUAGCUACGAUUGCCGAAAAGCUGGGCUUUCACUUUCAGGGAUACCGUCUCAAACCAAUGGGCUCCAAUUCCAAGAUUGAGAAGCUUGAGGAUCAAACAUCAUCUCCGACGCAAUCGACAAAUCAGCCACAAGCAAUGGCACGUCGUGCUGACGGAACGCCUGUGCCUCGUAAAGUAACGUCUUUGGACCUGUUUUCGUCGGGUGACAUGCCUCUAAGUCUUCCCUGGGUUCACCGGCGCUUUGAUGCCGCCAUGGUAUCAUUUCUUGAAUGCCUCCGACAGCUGGGUGAGUAUGUUGAAAACGCACCUAUACCCUUGUCAUCUCGACGCGGACACACAGGGGGCCGAAAGUUGCCUUAUGAAAUUAGACGGGAUAAAAUUGGCGACGCAAGCAUUAAACUCGGAUUCAACCAAAAUGAUGAACAGUGGACACGUGCUUGCAAAUACACUCUUACGUGCUGCAAAUAUCUCCUAGCGAUUGCGAGUGAUGUAGCGAGCGUCGCCGCUACUAAUGCAAGUGCAAACCCGGCUCAGCACGAGGGCGUUCCAGCUCAGAGCCCUAGGAGAUAA